AGGGCAAGUAGGGCGCAUGAGUGGACGGCCAUUUUGUGGCAGCUGAGAGAACCGAAGCGGGAGGAGGCGUCGCUGCUCCUGUCGUUGCCCGUUGGCCUCGCCCGCUUUUUAUUCCCCCCUCUUUCGCUCCCUUUUUUUCUUCGGUUGGAUCGGAUCGUAGCCGGUUUUAUUUUUUUUAAAUCCUUUCUUUUCUUCUCUAUCUCCCCCCGCUCCUUCUCGGGCUGCUUCCCGCCCGCGCUCCUCCGCCUUCUUCUUCUCACACACCGACCAACCCCAACCGCAGCCAUUGCUGACCUCGCCAUGUCUGGUGGCGGCGUGAUCCGCGGCCCGGCCGGGAACAACGACUGCCGCAUCUACGUGGGCAACCUGCCGCCGGACAUCCGCACCAAGGACAUCGAGGACGUUUUUUACAAGUACGGAGCCAUUCGGGACAUCGAUCUCAAGAACCGUCGAGGGGGGCCGCCUUUCGCCUUCGUCGAGUUUGAGGACCCCAGGGAUGCAGAAGAUGCAGUGUACGGACGGGAUGGAUAUGAUUAUGAUGGGUACCGUCUACGGGUGGAGUUCCCUCGAAGUGGUCGGGGCACUGGCAGAGGAGGAGGAGGCGGUGGAGGUGGUGGGGCCCCAAGGGGCAGAUAUGGACCCCCAUCGAGGCGUUCUGAGUACAGAGUGAUAGUAUCAGGACUGCCUCCCAGUGGAAGCUGGCAGGAUUUAAAGGAUCACAUGCGUGAAGCAGGUGAUGUAUGUUAUGCUGAUGUUUUCCGAGAUGGAACUGGUGUCGUGGAGUUUGUUCGGAAAGAAGACAUGACCUACGCAGUGCGAAAACUGGAUAACACUAAGUUUAGAUCUCACGAGGGAGAAACUGCCUACAUCCGUGUUAAAGUUGAUGGCCCAAGAAGUCCGAGUUAUGGAAGAUCUCGUUCCCGCAGCCGUAGUCGUAGCAGAAGCCGUAGCCGAAGCAACAGCAGAAGUCGCAGUUAUUCCCCGAGACGAAGCAGAGGAUCUCCACGCUACUCUCCCCGUCACAGCAGAUCACGUUCUCACAUAUCUGAAGAGAUGGAUUAAGAAUGCUUUGGAUUAAAGGAUUCUGGAGCACAUGUCAAUCAUUUUAGGAUUGUCAAAAGGAGGAUUGAGGAGGAUCAGAUCAAAAAUGGAGGCAAUGGUAUGACUCCAAGUGCUAUUGUCACAGAUUAAAUUGGCAGUAUUGACCUUAUACAGAAAGAAUAGUGAAAUAGGCACGCCUGUUCUCUAUUGUUCCACUUAUUUUCGAGUCAGCUGAAGUUUUCUGACUACCAUCAUGACAAUUGUGGCUUAGCUGGAUCCAGGUGGGGUGGGGGUGGGGGGAUAUACUGUGUUGGUUGAUUACAGGUGUUGCCUGUUUUUAUCCUUGUAACAUGCAGGUUUUUCAGACAUGGAAGUAUAAUCUCAAUACUGCUAAAAUCUGCAUGUCCUCUGUGUGACUGAGAGCAUUUUGCUGUUUCAUCUUUAAUGGAAUGGAAGCAGUGGGGGGGAGCACACUGGGGAUUUCUUUCCGUCUUCCCCUGCAAGAUAAAUCAGAAACUGACUCUGAUAACUUCAGUUAAUCUUGUCACUUCUAGACUGAGUAUAAUGAGCUUUUAGUUUAGGCCUGGAUAGUUCUAGCAGCAGGAUUUGGCAACUUCAUAACAUUUUUUUUUCAACCACAAAACCUGUAAUGCACAUAUAGUAAUUGAAAUGUUGAAAUUAUCAGUUAUCCUUUGUAAAUAUUAGAAUGUUUCUUCCAAAUGAUUUAACACUGCUAAAAUUUGAGCUUCACAAUACAAAAGUUUGUCUUGGGGAACUGAUAGUUAUCAAUGCCUGUUUUUAUUAUUCAGCGGCAGACAUAACUGAUCAUUCCCCAGAAUCCUAUUUUUCAUUACGGUAUCUAACUUUUUGCCUCCUCUUUUUUGGUUUUGCUGGUUAUAAAGGUUUGGAUUGGAGAGGGCUCACUGGAUCCCAAUCCUUGGAGCUGGAUCAUUGGAUUCAAAUCAUAAUGUGGAUAGGAUAGGGAGGAUCAAUUUCAAGGAUUCAUGGAGCGGGAUCAGAUUACCAGGAACAUAGGAGUGGAUUCCUGCCCCAACCAAACCGCACUCGUAUGGAGUUUUAUUCAACUCAAUUGGCUAUUCCAAAGAUUUUUUUUCCUAUUUUUGAAGAUUGGAGCCCAUCCAUAAGAUGCACGAUGGAGUUUUCAUAUUUUUUUUUGUAAAAGGAGCAAAGCAAGGACCUGGAGAGGUACGCUGGAGCAUUCUCCUUGGAAGGAUUCAGCACAAGUAGAUGGUAAAUGUUAAAGGGGAAAAAAAGGGGGGGUUGUUUAUAAAUGUUAAACCAAUAAGUCAUUUACCUAAAUUUAACAACGCAAAGAAAUUGGAAUCUUUUAAGAUUAAGUAGGCUUUCAAUUGGCUAUUGCCUUUUUCUUUUUGACAAAUAAAAUUUUAUAAAAAAGUGCAUGGUGGUUUUGUUGUAUUGAAUAAUGCCCAUAUAUGUUGCUCUUCUGCUAUGAUGAAUUCACUUGUUAAGUUCCUCUGAUUCUUGGCCUGGUAAUUGACCGGGCUUCAUUUUGGGCUCUGUGGCCCAUUCAUAAGCAUUGGAGCACUGGUAAUAAGACUGGGCACAAAUAAGCCCUCAUGCAAAGGUGUUGAGAAUGAAGAUAAUAAACAUCCUGGAGCUUACAUGGUCAGGGACAUGGAAAGGAAAUACUUGGCUGCUCUAGCAGGAUGCAUAGCCAAGGGUUCAUGCAACUUGGUGACUGCAGAAUGUGGAUGAUAAGGUAAGAGCUACAGAAUUCUGUAUCAAGUAGGACUGGUCAAUAAAACGGCUGCUUUAGCUUCACAUGGAUAAUCCUUGAGCUUUAGAAUAGUUAAACAUCUGUAACAUUUAACAUUCUUGCGGAGUUUUUAAAGUCCAUUAACCGUUGGCACUUGAUUAAAAAUUAAUGGAAUUUCCUAAGGGGUUAUUGAAAGUACUUGGUCAGGACCUAUCCUCUCAGCAAGCCCUGGUUUCCAUCUUGGUGCCACAUUAGUAAACUCCAUCAAUGUUUUUAUUUUUUUUAAAAUUAUCCAACUAGCAUGGGAAUGGUUUUCUAUUGCUGCUUUUCUAAUGCAAUUUACAGCUCUAGUUUUCCCAGGCUGCCUAGAGUUACUGGGAAUUGGAUAGCAUAUAAAUCUAAUACAAUGGUACCUCAGUACUCAUCGUUAAUUGGUUCCGGGAGGUAUGAUGAGUACUAAAUGUUUUCCCCAUAAAGGGAUAAUGCAGUGAGUCACAAGGCAGCUGACACCAACAGGUUCUCGCUUGUGUGUUGAGCAUCAAAUGAGUACCAGGACAAAAUUUUCAUGUCAAAAUGUGUUCAGUGCCAAAAAUCUGAUGCGUUUCAAAGCAGUGAGGUACCACAGUAAAUUUUCUCCUAUCAAAGAUCUUAGCAAGCUGGCUGUACUUGGCUUCCAACCCCAGAAAACACCAUGGGGUAAAAUAGUCUAGGAUUCAUUAUGCCCCUGCAAAACAAGGACAUGAAUCUCUGACAUGCUUCUUAAAGGUAUGAAGGAAUUGCUUUUGGACUUGCAUAAAUCAUUUCAGGGUUAUAUGCUGUUUUGAUACGCCCUACAUUAGAUAUUAAGGCUAUCCUCAAAAAAGAUAAAAUAACAGACAAGCAUUUAAGGCUAGGAUUUUGAGGGGAAAUAAGCAGUUGGUUCUAACUAUACAUAUGGUCCUGGACUUACAACCAUUUGUUUAGUGACCAAAGUUAAAAUGGCACUGAAAAAGGUGACUAGUCCUCCAACUUGUUGACCGUUGCAUUGUCUUCAUGGUCACAUGAUGAAAAUUGAGCUUGGCAACCAGCAUGUAUUUGCUGUGCCCGUGUCAUGCGAUCACAGCAUGCAACUUCCCCAACCAGCUUAGGACAGUCAUGGAGGAAGUAGGAUUCAUUUAACAAGUGCAGUGAUUUGCUUAACAGUGGCAGAAGUGGUCAUAAAAUUGGGCCUGACUCACUUCUAAUUGUAAGUCUAGAACUAUCUGUACCUUACAUCUCAAGUCCUUGUUCUAGUUAAUGAUCAUCAGAUGCUGGUCAAGGUUGGUUACUGUUAAACUGAUUUAAAUAUUAGGUGUUCUAAAAGAUUGAAGGAAGACUAAAAACACCUCAAAAUAGGGAAUGGAAGCAAUAAGAUAUUUGAAGUGUUAAAAGUAUUGACUGAAUCUCCUUAGGCAGAUCCAAAAUACUUUAGAAUGACACAAUUCCUCAUUUAGCUACUACAAUUUGGAUUGACAACUGAUCAUUAAGUGAAGGCACUAGGUGAAACCAACUACUUACAGCCUUUGGUUUCACGGGCUCAGAGGACCAAACAAUCUGUGAUGGUCAUAAAGAUGAGGAUUAGUUUUUACUUUCUUUUUAUCACUGUCAUAACUGAACAGUCACUAAAUGAGGCAGUUGCUUUUUUGGUGUAAUUUUAUCAAUACGGCAGUUGUUAAAUGACGACAAUUGCACUGAAGGGAUCAUGUCUCCCCCUGGAACAUUACUUGAAAUGUUGAUAGCUUCAGAUUGCUCAUAAAUCACUUGCUUAAAUUUCCUCGCAAAAUUUGAAAAUCGGCUUUCGAGUAACUGCUUGCGUAAAAAGGCUGCAGAGCUGAAUAGUAACAUUCUAGUGAAAACAUCUCUUGCUUGUUUACUAAAGGUUAAAGAAGCAGAAUAAUGAGAUAAGCCCUUCUGAUGUAGCAGGGGAAAGUUGGUAAAGCAGACCUGUAAUUAGAUUGUGAUUUGUUUUUGUAAACACUGUAGUUCUGUAGCCUCAGGCUAAAGGUUUUCAGCCUGUAUAAGCUCUGGGCGAGCACCUAGGCUGAUGCUGGUAAUGAUAGCUUUGUAUAAUUGCCCUGUGGUCACAUUACUAAGUUUGGUGGAGUUAUAUUUUUCUUUUUUUGUAUAUGCACCUGUGCAGUGGAAAAAUAGGACUUCUGAGGCCAAGUAAUUUCUAGACCAGGCGUGUCUUACCUGCGGCCCAAGGGCUGCGUGCAGUCCUGGGCAGCUAGUAAUGUGGGCCCACAAGAUCGUAAAAAUACUGAACUUCGUUAUUUAUAUACAUUGUAUUAUACAUUUGAUAUGUGGGCAAAGACGAUUCUUCGCUCAGUGUUGCCCAGGGAAGCCAAAAAAUUGGACACCCCUGCUCCAGACUAACCUAGCCUAGAAUAUGGAGCACUACUGGGGAGAUACAUGUUUUCAUUACAUUCUCUUUUAAUCAUAUAUUGUGUAGAUCAAAAGGUUCAUGAAGUGUUGGAGGCAGCAUGGAGAACUCUUGUGUGCUGUAGUUUUUAAGUUAACGGAGGAUAAUUAUAAUUAUCAAAUACGUCUGCUUUUUUGCAGAGUCAUUUGUCAAUGAGAGAUGGGCAGCAUACAAACAUAAUUAAAAAAUAGGAAUAUGGACCUCUUGAAGGCCAUAUUAAAUGGCCUAAUGUGCCUUAUAGGGGAAAAUGUUUCAGACCUCAAAUGACAAAUUAGAAAGAUCAAAGACCUGAUUUUUAGGAAAAACACAGUUUUCCCAGUUCUGGGCUCAGUUUUAUAGUACUCUAUAGAGUGCUAAAAUGGAGGAAGAAAUUGGCAAAAGUUUUCUAAUUUCAAAUUUGAUCGGCGGGGGGGGCGCGGAAUCUAUAAACUUCGAAUUGCACAGAACCCUGACUAAUUUGCUUUUAAAAAGGCAUUAAAAAUUGCUAUAGGUGUUCCUGAAAUACAUCAAUAAGGAAUAGCAGGGUUAUCUUUGUGAGGAAAUUCCUGUUAAUGUCACAUGUGGUUUUUUUUAAGAUUGGGCACGGGUUGCUCAUGUCUCCAGGCAGACAAGCAAAUCUGCACAGUGGCCACUGAGGGACCACUGUCAAAGGAAUCCCCAGUCUGGCUGUUUUCCUCCACAUGAGCAUAUUAGCCCUUAUCACAUGGGGUAGAUACAUAGAAUAACACAAGAUGGCUGUCUCGUUUCUCUAGCUGCUUCUCCCUGCUCAUCCAGCCACUGGAUGAGAAGAAAGCAAGAAAGUCAAUCAGGACUUUAUUUUAAAAAAAGAAAUUGGUAGAAAAACAAGCACGCAAGUUAGAAAUCCUCAAACCUGCUUAAAGUGGGAAAUUUUCCAGCCCAUAUAUUGGUUGCUAGUAAACAUUUCCAUGUAUUUCCCUUUAAUUGCUGCUGUUCCUUCCAUGUUAGCUGAAUAUUCAUACAACUUUGGUGAUUUUCCUUGCCAUCCUUCCAACGUGGUGCAGCUUCUAUAAAACGAGGAUCCCUGAACUUGGAAUUGUCGAUAUUGGAAUCUCCUUUUGAUAAGCAAAACUGCAUUUCAUGUUUCCCCUUUUUUUUUUCUUAACUGCUGUACCUGCCAUCCAUGCAUAUGGCAUUUGAUUUGGUGACAUGUACAAUAGAACAAUCUCUGUUUUCAAAUCACUUGCAGCAUAAAAUGUGAAGUGACAGAAAAGGGAGUGAUGGGCAAAUCACUAGAGUAUGUGACCUGUAGCAAAUAUUUCCCAGAAUCUGUUGCACAUACUGUGGAAAGAGCUUCCUGUGGUUUAUUUCUGCUAUGCACCUCCACCUGUAAUCCUCUGGAUUGCCUUAGAUCCUCAAAUGUUCCCGCCUUUUGCCUUGCUUAUUGACAUCUGCCUUUGCAAUGCUCCUUCCAUCUCUGAAGGAUCGGUUGCCUUCAGUUUUUGGGGUUGUGGUGCAUUAUACAAGUCAGUCCUCAAUUGCCCAAACUGGAUGUUGAAAACUUUUUAGCGGAAAUAAAUUUUCUCUGUCACAUCACAAAUGCAUUUAGCGAGAUGUCCAGAAGAAAAUUGACUAAACCAGGGGUCUCCAACCUUAGUAACCUUAAGGUUUGUGGACUUCAGCUCCCAGAGUUGAAGUCCACAAGCCUUAAAUUUACUAAGGUUGGAGACCCCUGGACUAAACAGUUCAGCUAAAGUACCUAGAUUAGAUGUUAGUUAGACAGAUAAUACCAGCAAGAGUUAACAACAUGUGUUCAUCUGACAAGAUGCAACCCUGACCUCUUGAGAUUUUUGAGGUAAGAGUGGAAGUAAACUGAGCUGGUGAAGUUUGAGAGGGCAAAUUAUGGUCAUCUUGCUAUAAAGAUGUUUUUAAUAGUGUUGGGGUGUGUGUGUGUGGAAUCAGAUUUCGGUAAUGGGUUGUGAUUCCUAGCAUGUGAAAUAGAUAGGCAGGCUAGACUUACAUGGACUUCUGGAUGCCUAUUGUUAAUCUGUUUAACCUGCUGUUUUUUCCUCUCCCUCCCCCCAUGUUACUGUUCAGAACACUUUGAAAAUAACCAGGAAAACCAGGAAAUGAAAGCUGAGCCCCCUGGCUGCUCUUAAGGGUUGCAUAUCAUUCCUGUUAACUGAUGACUGGUGGUGCAUGGAGACGUGGACCUCUGCUAAUGGAUGAUUUGCACUUGGAGCCAGGAGAGGAUUCCUUUGACUGCCCAAAAGACAAACCUUCCGCCUUUACAUUCCCUUGCAGAACGGUUCACCCGUGCAGGAGGAAGAGGAGGAGCCGAGUUUUUAUCGGCGGGAAACAUUAGGGUAAUAUUUCUGCAGCAAGCACUGCCAUCGUGUUUUUCAGAAACCCAGCUCCUCCCAAGGGGAGGUUAUGUAGGCACUGAGAUAGUUAAAAGGACUGUAACUCUUGGGCUUUGCUGGACAGAAGAUGGGAUUGGUGGCCUCGGCUGUGUUAAUGAAUAUCUUGAAAUGCAGGGUUCCCCCCCCCACAACAUCUGUAGAGAAAGACCUGACAUGAUUGUGGUUGGUAGCUUGUUUUGUGGGUCAGGCUAGGAUGAUCUACAGGCCAGGUGCCCGUCAACGUAAGCUCUAAAUACGCUGGUACCGUAAUGGGCUGCACACGAUCUCUACUUACAGCAUCUAGCAACUGUUCAUUAACCUGAUGUUCAGCACUGCUCAACAUCUGGAGAGCAUUAAAUUCCAGUGAAACGAGGGAGGUAUGUGCCAGUGGACAAGCUGCUGGAAUCCAUCAGCCUUCACCGUCCAUUUAAGGUAAAGUCUGCUUUGAGUUUGACUUCUAAGGACUUAAGAGCCUUGUCCGCGUUUUGACUUUUAAAAUCUAGCCUGCAGACUUCACACUCAUUUCUUAAGCUCCCAUCCCAAGUGUGAAGGAGCCCCGAGCCUGCUUAGCUUUCUGAGCCAGUGAAAAGUCAGACGUGGGACGCCUUCUAAUUUAAAAGAAAAAGAAAAAGACCAACCAACUUGGGAAUGCAACGAAGCGUUAGCUUCUAGCGUAAUUCUUACUUAACCGGAUGCUAAAGAACGUCACGCAUAAAUAGUUCAUAAGGAGUUGUUGGGUGGCUGUAAUACAGCACUUGGAAGUGAAUCCAAUUGCAAAAAGGGAUUGCAGUGAGAUAAGUUGGUAGAGAAAAUGCUACUACCAAGGGGAAGCAGGGAGGGAGGAAGACACAAGUCCCCCAAUUUGAUUUUGGUGAAUGGUUUUAGGAUAGGAUGGAAUAGAUUUUUUUUUAAUUGGCCAAGUGUGAUUGGACACACAAGGUUGGUGCAUACGCUCUCAGCGUACAUAAAAAAAGAUAAGGCUUGAAUCGGAGGUUUCUUUUUUAUAAAUAAACAUGCUUUCAAUAAUUUUUGUAGGAGGUCCCGGGACAGGGUCUUGAAAUCCCAGCUAUGCCCAGAAAUUGCCUGUCUCUGAGAAUUUUCCACUCUGCAAAGCUUAUCCCCUCUUGCCUUCCAUCGUUCUUCUCAUCCGUUCUCAAGAAAAUUGAAAAAUGUGGCACACCAUAACUGUGAAGGCUCCGUACAUGAUGGAGUCCCAAAGGAUCUACAAGAAGUGGAUGAAGUUGGGGCUCCAGACACCAAACCCAAGAUUAGUUCAAAUGGGUUAUUUCCGUUAACAGUAAAUGGACUGGUUGAAUGUUCUGCGUAGAAUAAGGCCCGAAUAUAUAAGGGCUUUUAAAUAUAUUAAAAUAUUUUAAUAUAAGGUCAUGGUGGUGCCCCAGUCGUCUUGCAAGGAAUACUGCUCCCUUUUUAGGAACCUAAUUUUACUCUUUAUUUUUCCUUUUUGGAAUAUAAACUGGAGACGUCUCUAGAAAAGUAGAACUACUUAAGAUGGGAAGGCAUUUUCUGACCAGUUGAGGUCAAGAUGACUUCUUGUUUUGCUUUUUGAGCUCUAGUGCUCCAGUUUGAGCCAUGCCUUUGAAAAGUCGUCUUCUGCCUGUUAUAUUAUUUUCCCCCCUUAACAUUCAGAUUUUAGAACAACUGAAAAGCAGAGGUGAGGAAAUUGGAAAGUACAGAGGGAUGUAAUUUUGGCUGUGAAGUAGGGAUGCAGCCUUGCAUGGUUUAAGAUACGGAAAACAUCCUGGUUUUUUGCAUAGUUAGGGGCUAACUUUAACAGUUUCUGAAUUUUAGUAGUUCUAGUUGAUUGGAGACCUGUACUAGAGUAGAAUAAUCGCAGUAGGCAUGUAUCAAGGGUUUCCUUUAAAAAAAAUACCAUUUGAAGGAAGCUUUUACUGGGUCCUCUCUACUGUGUUAAAGUUUAAGCUUGAUAUUUUUCUUAAAUCUUUUAUCCUGCCGACAACUUUGAUUUAGACUUGGAGAAACUACCUGUUUCCUUUUCUCGAUUCUUUGACAUCCUCACUUAAACAUUUUCCUGUAAUGUGCAGCUUGAAUUACUGUCAAGUCUUUUUGUUACAGCAGACGUGUCAAACUCCUUGGCUCAAAACGUGUGCAACACGGCUUCUCUUUUUGUACAUGGAAGAGAACAGGUAAACUGAGCAAAUAGAUUUGAGUGCCUGCCCAAACAAUUAUAUCUAGUGUGAUACACUGGAAUUGGAAAUAAGUCAGUAUCGGAUCCUCUGUUAUCUUUAGCCUGGCCAAUCUGUAAAUUAAAUUGCAGAAUGGGACUGUCAGUUAAUGACCACAAACAUGUUACAGAACAAAUGUUUCUCUAAAAAGCCCCUUAAAAAAGGCCACACAAAUAGCGUCAACAAUAAAGAAUAGGUUCAUUUAGAAUUAUUGUGCCUGGUUUGUGCUAGGUUUUUUUAUAUAUAUAUAUUUCCAGGGGUGUUUUAGGUAGACAAUCUCAAUGUAUCUAUUACAGAAUUGUGGCAUUUCAAAAUGGCUUUACUGUAGCAGAUGGUUCUGCUGCUGCUCUUAAGGAGCAUAAGUUUGUAACAUCAGAGGAAGGCACGCGUUUGUGUGACUUUCAAAACCAGUGUGCGAGAAGAGAUUAUUUUAAACCUCCACAAAUUCAAAAGAGAACGGAUUCACGAAAAUACCUUCCCCACCCAGUUCUCAAGCCUGGAAUAAGCCCUUUUUGUGCCGCUAAGUAUUCUGUAUCUUUAGAGAUUUUGAUUUGUAAGCCUCGUGGCCUGAAAUGCAUAAAUAAAAUUGCUGCUUAUUAUCAUAAAGAGCAUCUGAACUUUCUCCA